CUGAUUUUGUUUGGAUCUCCUGCGUCGGCUUUUCAACUUUUCUUAUCGAUUCCCUGUCUUCAGCCACAGUUGAUUGAUAUCAUUUUGGAGAAUGUUUCACGUGGAUCGAGUUACUCUCUUCAACUUAUAUCACAGUUCCUCCGACCUGUUGGAAUUAGUGCUUUCUUUCCAACGUUUGCCAAUCUUGAAGAAGUUCUUGGUAGACUCAUUGAGUUAAUAAAAUCAGUUGAUGAACAACCAAUAAAAAGUUACAUUUUGCAAGUUUUGCCGGAGCUCUUAGCAUCACCUGUUGGAAACUCUCAAGACGAUUCGAAUUCUGGAAUUGUUACGAACACCAUCCAAAAGAUUAUUGAACUUCUGGAUUCUGCUUUCCUUUUAACAAGUGGAGGUCAACCGAAUCACAUUUUGGUCACAGAAAUAAUUGAAUGCGCCAAUCGCUUCCCUCUAGAAGGCCCUUCUCUAACUCGCCUAAAAACCGCCUGCAAGGACGUAAUCAUUGGUUCAGCUGAAACCCAGUUUACUCACAAAUGCAUGGCUAAUGUCGUUCGCAGUUUGUUUGCAAGUGAGUUGAAAAAAUCCUUUUCCUCGGAAGAGGUUUGUGAUUUUAUCUCGCUUUUGCGCAGUAAAAUGCGACUGUCGGAGAUAAUGGUUGAGUCGGACGAAGAAAUUCCCUUAUUUCUUGACACACUUUCUCUUGUCUUUCGGUCCAAUAGUCAGAUGAAAUUUGAAUGGCUUUCUUAUCUCUAUCGUGGUUACUCCAAGGGCGGUGUGAACUCUGGCCUUUCAAUCGACGAUCUUCUCAUUCUCCUGCUAGUCUACGAUUCUGAGAUAGUUUUGGGAGGCAAAUUCGAUAAUAUUUUCACCAAAAACGGGAAAGAAUAUCUUCUUCUCCUCAAGACAUUUAAUUGCGUUGUUGAAAGAAUCAGUGAACGCGAAACUUUUGAAUCUUUUUCCAAAUACUCUGCGAUAUUUCAGCACAAGCAACUCUACUGUCCGUUACUCACCCUUACGAACCAGUUGUUGAUGACGUGCCAAUCUCCCAUAAUCCCAAGAUUUGUUUACGUUAUAUAUGCUUCUGUUUUCCAUUGCUCGUUACCUGGUGCCGAGCUGCCGAAACGGGUUAUAACUGAUCUUUGCAAGAACAUUAACUCAUUGGCUCCAAAUGCUAGCAUAUUUGAGAAGAAACGGGUUGUCAAAAUCAAUAAACUCACCAUCAGUAUUCUACUUCAACUAUCUACCAAGUUUGCUGAAAAGAUGUCACCGUUCUCCGACUUGUUGCUUGGUCUCCUCGAGGAGGUCUCAAAGGGGGUUGAAAAAUCGUCUCCUGACCUCGUUGAUAUUCGCAAACUUUUUGCAAUACUUGCUAAAAUAGCCUUUGGAGGAACGGGGGAGACGUACCUGCAGGACGACUUACUCAUUAGUAUCCGUCGGCUUCUGUUGAAUUGUUCAAGCAAAUUGAGAGCUAUUGGUCUAAUUGGAGCUGUGAUUGUCCUUGAAGCGCUCUGUAAGCGACAGAAAAGGUCGAAAUCCCCUGGACCUGUGAAUAGCACACCGUGUUCACAAGCGGGGAUUAUGGAAUGCUCCCAAAGCAGCGUUCUCGCCAGCCAAGUCGUGAUGCCUUUGGCCUCCCAAACCAUUGCGUCGCAGAGCACCACCUCUCGAUCUAAUCGCAGCCAUCUCAGUCUUAAGGGUCCGGGCACGAGUUUGGCCGACGAUUCCCAGGAGAUUAACCUACCCCUAGAUUCAGUCGACAUGGACAGUGAUCCUAAGAGUACAUCUAGUGCUCUGGCUUUCCUUCCCCAACCUUCGCGCCUUCUACUUCAACUUGUAGGAUUGGUUGAGAAUGCUCUAAAACGCAGUUCUCUCCUCUUUUCCCAACUGAAGGUCUUUUGGUACGAUGAAAUUGCAGCAAUGUUCGCCAGACUGGAGGUGAAUUGCCGAUAUUCUUCAUUACCCCUUGGUAGUGAAGCGAAACGUUUCAUCGAUUGGAUGGGCAGUCGUGCAAUGCGGGAGUUUCAGGAAGAAUUUGUUGUAGACAACGCUGGUAGUAGUGACUUCACUGUACAGCUGGGUCUAAGCGAUGCUGAGAUUUGCGAGAUCGCACUCAAUCUGGGACCGACAUUCGCUCGUCACACCGAAGCUGCCGUGGCGCUGGCUGCUCAACCACCGCUUUCCUCAAUGGCAUGUGAACGCAUUGUUCGCAAGCCCUCUGCUGCUAACGCUCAGUUUGACCGAUCAGCUCCGGCCUCUCCGGCUCUCGUGCCCGCACACCUUCGACUACUCUCAGUUGUGGAGACGUUCAAAUCGAAUCGGUCUUUGGAUGCUUUGAACGCGCUUUUGGGUUGUCCAUUCCUUCUUCCGACUGUUUCAUUGAACGAGCUCCCACCUUCUAUUCUUGUCAUCAUUAUCAACUAUUGCAUCGAAGCAGUGAACACCUUCGCUGAGGAGAUAGUUCUAUCGUCCUCUGCACACUUACAUCACUGUGGUUUACCGAGUCAUACUCUUACCUCUACCCUAAUUUGUCGCCUUAUCCAAAUCGCCAGUCUGCGGCGCUGCUUGCACUCAGUGCUGUUUCGCAGAGCCAAGAGCGCGACUUUGUCUGGGUCAGCGGCAGAGGUGCCGCGUCCAAUUUAUGAGGCUCUUGAUACUAUGACAUUUGAUCCCACAUUCGUGAGCGCUACAGCUGGUCAUCCGGUUAGCGUCAAGCGGUUCCCCAUUUUCAUGCCUUCUGGAUGGAAGAAAUCAGCUGUGAACAAAUGUAAAAAAAGACCAUCUCGAGCAGCGAAAGGUCGACCACGGAAGCUCGCCUGUACGAAAUCCCUUCUCGAUGCGACUGAACAGAAUGAGGAUGUGGAUGGUGAAGGUGCCGCUGUUUAUGAUGAAAAUAAGGAGGAAGAAAACGGUGAAGGUGUAGAUCCUACACCGAUGGAUUUGGAAGGUGGUGAGGUGUUGGAACAAACUGCAGUUGUGAAUCGGUUUGCCAGUGCGAAUGCGAACAGGAAGUUGAAUGCUCUUUUGGGUGAUGUAAGUCGCAAGUCCUUUGGUUCAAAUCAAGUGCGUAUGCAGCAAAAAAUUCACCGAAAUCUUGGAUUUUACAAACUAAGGCAAAGGUCUCAUCCUUAUCGACAGGGCUAUUAUUAUUAA